AGUGAUGACAUUUGAGAAACCUCUUUCAAGAAUUGGUGGAUCAUUCAAGAAACACACUUCUUCAAAAGAAAAAUAACAAUAACUAUAAUGAAGAAGACAAUGGAAGAUCCAAGCAAGAUCAUGAGAAGAUCAAUCCACACAUUCCUACAACACUACCACCGUGCCACCACCGCAGCCGCCGUUGCUCUCCCUUUCUCCACCGCUCUCUUCCUCUCUCAGCCCUUCUUCUCUUCCUCAUCUUCCUCCAUUCACAUGAAGCUGAACACUCUCUUCCGCGGUGCUGGCUUCUCUUCUUCUCUUGGAUUCUUCAACAUCUUAAGCCUUAAACUCUCACAAACCCUCUCUUCCUCUUUACUCACUCUCCCUUUCUCCCUCACUUUCCUCCUCUUCUCCAAAGCUUACAUCAUCAAACUUCUUUCAAACAAUCAUGACUCUUCUGUUUACUACUUCCGCAUUCUCAAAACUUGCAUUUGUAACUCUUUCUUCCUCCUCUCAGCAAACGCCUCUGCUUUCGCUCUGUUCUUCUUAGCAUCCACCAUCCUAGACUCCUUGGGAUUCUCUUCAAGAAACUUCUACACUCUCUUCUCCUUGUCCUCAGCUCUUAUCUACUCAAUCAUCCUCGCAAACGCAUUUGUCAUCUCCAACUUAGCCUUGGUUUCAUCGCCUUCCUCGUCCUCAGGAGGAUACACAACACUUCUCAAGGCGUGUCUUCUGCUUCACGGAAGAACAUCAACAGCAUUGGCUCUUGCUCUGCCUACUAACCUCGGCUUAGCUGGAGUGGAAGCCUUGUUUCGGUACAGAGUAAUGAGAUCAUUUUACAAAGGAGAUAGAGAUGUGGCUUGGAUAGCUAUUGAAGGAACGUUGAUAGCUUACUUGUACGCUCUCUUCUUGGUUCUUGACACAGUAGUCAACUUCUUUUUUUACCAAAGCUGCGUCGAGAACGAGGAGGAACAAAAGAUCGGUGGAGAUGAUGAGUACUCGAUCAAGAUCCAAAUAUGUGAAUCAGAUAACACUAAGAUAUGCAUCAAAGGACCAAAGAGUUUAUUUUAGUCGUUACAUUUUUUUCUCUUUUGAUUAUUUUGGCAUCAAUGUAAAGUCACAUACCAGAAACUAUCAAUGCCAAUAUUGGAAUUUACAUUUGGUUAAUCCUAUAGUAGAAUUUCAUUGCCGACAUAAUAUGUAUAUCAUAAUAUCUUUAAACAAUGCUUUUAUUACUCGCUUAAACUAA